AUGUCCCUACAGCAAGCUGAGCAACUGCCUUUGAUCUCUUCAAGAUCAAGCAAUGUAUCUGAUUCUGUAAGCGCAUUUACUUAUGCGGACUUACAAAGAUGGCUAAAAAUCUACCAAACAGCUUCAGAAAAGAUAGAGCAGCUAGUCAUGUCGAGAUCUGAUACUAAUACGCAACAUGAUCUACAACUGCUUGACGAGAAAAUCAGACAAAUAAAGCAAGAACUUCAGUACUGUGAGGAACAUCUCAACACUAUCCAGAAUUUUCUAUCAACAAAAUCUGUUAAUUCACCAAAAGUGAUCAUACCAGUGUCUAUCACUACUAAUACUACUAUUACUCCUGCUACUACACCUACUACUCCUUCUAAAGGAUCAACCAUACCGUCAUUCAGUUUAUGGGAUAUAUCUAUGCUCAAGCAUAUACCACAAGAAGAAGUAGAUCAAGGUAACACCUUUUUGACAAUAUAUGACUUUAUUGAAAAAUUUGAGUCAACAUUGGCGUUUUAUCGUGUCGAUCUUGAUGCCUCCUGGUUCCAGUAUCUGGCCGCGUCUGUGCAUAAGGGAGGUGACCAGAAAAUCAUAAAAUGGUUUGAACAAGCCUUUAGUUUGGAGCCAGCUCUUAAAAUGGCACGUUGGAAGGAAAUUCGCGAAAAGUUGAUCUUACGCUGGGACAUCACUUUGGAUCUACAAAAGAGUCGUCAGCAGUUUGUUAGUAUCAAGCAAACGAUUGGUGAGCCAGCCUAUAAAUACUUUAAUCGUUUUAUGAAUGCAUGGAAAAAAGCGAUGAUACCAGAUGGUCCUAUACUCGUUCAUUUCUUUAUUCAAUCCAUUCAGGAUCCUCUAAAGAUGCUUAUCAAGUCUUGUCUCUCAGAGGCCCUUCAAGGGCAAGGUUACCUUGAAGGCCCUUACUCUGCUAAAGACUACCUUGACGCCGUGUCGAUACAGCUAUUCCAAUCACAACAAGAAAAGCAAAAAGGGCUGGAAUUACUAGAGAUGGACCAUGAUCGCAUUCAUCCAGUAGAAACUAGAACCAUAGCCCCUACAGUGCCUAUACCAGAUGUAACUCUCGCUUACAACUCAUAUACGAUACCACCAAGAGCUCCAGCAAGUGCAUUGCCCCUAUCAGAUCGAAGAAUUGCUGGUAGCUCCUCUCUUUCUAUGAUCAAAAAGGAUACACUCAAUAUGAUACCAAGCAUGAACAAACCGGUGGCCACUACUCAAAUUUCAAUGGUUCAUAAGGACUUGCUAAGUAAAGUCACCAUGGUUCGUAAAGAUUUAACGACCAAAGUAACCAUGGUGCAUAAAGAUACAAGCAACCAGUUUUCAAUGAUUAAGAGUUUAUCUUCUUCACAAAAGAGAAUGCGUCAAGAUGAACUAGACCACGUAAAGAGACGGAAAGCAGAGCCGGAAAACUGCAGGCAUUGCGGGUUUGAUCCCUCUCAGGGGCAUCUGGAGGAUUGUGCUGAGCUGCAAAUGAUACGGUCCAUUCAUCGAAAUGCUUGCGGUUCACAUGUAGAGAUUAAGGUAGAGCAAGGUUUUAUCAAAGGAUUCAAGGAUAUUCCAAGUGGCCCUAUCUUACCAGAAGAGUAUGCAGAAUAUAUGAUGCCUGUAUCUUUAAAGAAAAAGAAACAGGCAAAGGCAAAGGCAAAUGCGUCUUCAGAUACAAAGAAUACAAGUGUGCCCAAGCUGAAAGAACGAAUGAUUGAACCUGCUGAAGUUCAAAAGAUCAAGACUGAGCGAACUGUACCCAAGCUGAAAGGACGAACUAUUGAGCCUCCUGAGCCUCUAACAGUCAAACAAAAAGAAAGGACUUUUGAACUCUCUGAGGCUGCAAAGUCCGGACAGAAAGAAAGGGCAACCGAGCCGAUGCCACCUAAACAAAGUCAAAAAUCAAACUCCUCAUCUGAGUCAAGCUCGCCCAAGCAGAAAAAAAGCGUCGAACUUGCUUCUGAACCGAUGUCGCCCGAGCAAGAUCAAACAUCUGCAUUGAUCUUACCCAAACAGGAAGAGGAGCCUACUGCUGAGGCUACGACGCCUGAUCAGAAAGGCAAGGCGGAUGAAUCUGCCAGUGAGUCUGUGAUGAUCAAUAUGUUCCGAGAUAUUCUAAAGAAGGUAGAGUCGGAAUAUGGAUUGUCAAAGAACACUUGA